AUGUCGGGCCGAUAUCACCACCGUGGAAAUCGUAACAAGAAUUCAAAUCAAACUUUGUCAUCCGUCGCACGGGAGACCGCAAUAUCUUUACCGGCUGAUAGCCCUGUACUGGCCAUCUUCAGAGCUGCUGCAUUAAAACUAAAUGAUCGCCAGGACAGACACGAAAGACUUGUCAAAUUAUCGCGAGAUAUUACUAUCGAGAGUAAACGGAUAAUAUUCUUAUUACAUUCAGCUAUAACUAAAGAGUCACAGGAGAAAACAUUAAAGGAGGCUGAUGAACGAUUCCAAAAGCUCAUUAAAGGCCCUAUUAGAAGCAUCGGAUUAGAACUGGAGAACAGCCCUGCAUACUUACACUCCAGGGCUGUAACAGCUGGCUUUCAGGAGUAUAUUGAAGCUAGAACUUUAUACUCAUUGAUGGCUACAAAGCAAAUCAUAACAUUCCCGGAGGUUGUGAAGGAAUUCUCCUAUACAAUACAAAGUGAAGAUGGGGAAGAGAGGACUGUUGUUACGAUGCUACCAGAGAUUGACUACAUGUUAGGAUUAACUGACUUGACGGGAGAACUGAUGAGGAAGGCAAUAAACAGUAUAUCCAGUGGAGAUAGCGAUGAAUGUUUCCAAGCUUGUCAAGUUGUGAGGGAUAUGUAUACUGGCUUUCUAGGUAUAACAGGGAACCGCCUACUAGGCAAGAAACUGAGCGUUACUCGUGCAAAUGUUGCAAAAGUAGAGAUGGCGGUUUAUGCACUAAGAGUGCGCGGUGGUGAAGCUCCACCUACACUUUUGUUGCCUGCUGCACCUUCGGAAUGGGAGGGACCAACUUCUACAGGAAACUUUUCUGAUGAUGAAGGAUAUUACUAA